AUGCUGCAGAUCUUCAAGGAGCUCGACCUCGCGGUCCCCGCCGACGUCACCGUCAGCAUUUCGUCGCGUGUCUUCACCGUCAAGGGUCCCCGCGGCACUCUCACCAAGGUUAGCAUUUCUUCCCAGCCGCACUAUCCGGACAGCUCUUUUCGACACAGCAGAAGCAGCAGCAGCAGCAGCAGCAGCAGCAGCAGCACGAACAGCAUCAGAUACCAGGAUGAAGAGGUGGAUGCAGGAGAGGAUGGACAGGCACGACAGGCGGCGCAGAGGCUGCCUUUUCCGUCAGGCACACAUUACGGUGACACAGCAGCGAUCGCAUCAGAGCAGACCGCCUCUUGGCCAACUUGUGUCGAUCGACCUCUCCACCUGCGCAGAUGGCGACUUGCAGGGCCAGAGCCAAAGGAUACAGCAGGCCCUACUCGGCAAUCCAACAAGAGGAGAUGGAAGGAAGCAGGAAGCGACGACAGCUCUGGAUGCCUCGACAAGGCAAAGAUCCUCUUCGGUCAUCUUUCGCUUUCAACCGUCGCUUCUACUGUUGCUUCGCUCAAGCACAUGAACCUUGAUGCCCGUAUCAUCAAGAGCCCCGCCGGCCAGAAGAUCAAGUUCAUCGUGUGGCACGCCGCCCGCAAGCACGCCGCUUGCCUGCGUACCGCUCAGGCAUGCGUUGCCAACAUGAUCAAGGGUGUCACCGUCGGCUUCCAGUACAAGAUGCGCGCCGUCUACGCCCAUUUCCCCAUCAACAUCAUCAUUGCUGGUGACAAGAAGUCGGCCGAGAUCCGCAACUUCCUGGGCGAGAAGCGUGUGCGCAACAUCCAGAUGCUCGAGGGUGUCACGAUCCAGGAGGACAAGGCGCAGAAGGACCAGGUGCUCGUUGAGGGCAACGACAUUGACCUCGUUUCGCAGUCGGCCGCUCUCCUCCACGGUGCCACGCUCGUGCGCAACAAGGAUAUCCGAAAGUUCCUCGACGGUAUCUACUGCACCGGCAAGGCCACCGUCGUCAAGGCCGAGGCCUAA